CUCAGAAUGUGAUAAUUAAAGCAUCGUUAGCUGCAUUCAAAGAGAAAAGCUAUGAACAUGAAGCCAUUCAAGAAACUCCAACUUCAUUAUUAUUUGCUCAUUUUCCAUAUUACACUAUGUACUCCUAUAGAACAACAUAAUCAUUCAAACUACUGUGGUGAUAGUGAUAUUAAAACUCAAACAUCUUUCUUGAGUCCAAACUCUUCUAUUACAUCUCUAUUAAUUAACAUCACCCUAUGCAGAUCCAAAAAACUCUACUUGAGAACAUCUCUUGGCCUUUUCCAAGUUUCUUCACUUGCUAUAAUUCUAGAUUACUAACUAUAUCUCACCCUUGUUCUUCUUCUCUCCAUUAUAUUUCUCCUCUAGCUGUUACUUCUGGUUUUCCUUCUCUUCCAGAAGCUAACUCACUCCUUCUUUACAACUGCACAAGCAGAAGAGACUCCAUUCCAUCAUUUUUGGGAAUUUGCAAAGGCUUACAUAAAUGUGGAGCUGCUGGUUCAACCUCUUAUAGGAUUCAAGAGCAAGAGAAAAAUCCAUAUUCAUGUUUAGUUAUUGAAGAUCUGCAAGAGGUUGACAAGGGCUUUCGUCCUCAACAUUUGAAUUGCUCUCAUUACAGAUUGGUGCAUAGAAGUUCCUCAAAAGUUGAAGGUUAUGAGUUGGGAAUAUGGGUGUCCUUUGAUGUGCCAAAUCAUGUAGAAGAUCUUUGUAAAGAGUGUGAAAAGCCUAAUGGCAAUUGUGGUGUUGGGUUGAAGUGUUUGUGCCAUGCAAAAGAGUGCAGUGAGUGCCUAGAUCUCUGACAUGCACAAAUAAUUUGUUUGGAUAUAAAUUUAAAAUAGCUUUUGAGAGUUUUUUUACUUAAAGAGUUUAUUCUAGUAGGAAAGUUCUUAAAAACACUUCUUUGUAGCCAAACAGGCUCAAAGUCUUUUAAUUUUACUUCCUUUUGUUUAAUUUAUUUUGAUUCCAUGCAAAUGGUUUGGCGACUCUGAUGAUGUUUUUGCAGAAGACAAGAUCAUCUCAGAAAGUGGGUCCAUGAAAUAUGUUGGUAUAUAUUUCAUGUUAUUUUCUCUUUCCUUUCCUUCACUGGUGCAUUAGCCUUCUUCAUGGAUGUCUAAGUAGCCUUUUAGAGAUUGAUUUCUUAGGAUAGAAUAUUUUGUUUAUUUUUCAUUUGCUAUGUAUGAUUAUAUGUUAUAAUGGUCGAAUCUCAUAUG